CCAUCUUAAUUGUUUUAAAGGAUUUUUCUUUUGUAUAUUCCAAUUCAGGAAAGAGUGAUAUUGAUUCGGGGGAUUAGUGCGGCAACCUAUGAUUUCUAUCGAGUGUGCUCACCCCAUCAUGGUACACCUUUUGAAGAGUUUAUGGAGAUUGUGAGAGGCUGUUCUACAAAGUUUAAGAGCCUUACACCUUCUAUCCUUGUUGUGGAUGGUAAUUAUUUUACAGAAGAAUGUGCAACACUAUUUCCAGCCCUCCUCUGGCUGCGAUGGAGCAUUUUUGCGUCGUGGUGGACACUUACAUGUGCUCCUCCGUCGGGGAUGCUGAAGAAUUUAAGAGUUUUAGAGCUUCCAUGUGCUGGAGGCUUACAAGAAUUGUGGAACGACACAGAUCCUCCUUUGGAAUUAAGAGAGCUGAAUCUUCAAAAUGCCAACAGUUUCCUCAAAUUUCUGGGGUCAAUAGGAUGUCUUAAACAUUUGAAAAAGAUAUCCGUGGACGCACCAAUGACAUAUAGUCUUGUGGACAGUCUUCCAGAAGGGUUUUGUCUACUUGAGUCUUUGGAGCACCUCCAGCUAAGUGGAUUUGAUAAGCUAACGUCAUUGCCUCGCGAGUUUGGUCUUUUGACAAACCUGCGACAUCUAGAUUUGAGCUAUUGCAGCAAAUUGAGGAUGUUGCCUGAUUCUUUUAAGCAGCUCAUAAAUCUACAGUAUAUCGAUUUGAGUGGUUGCGAGGAGCUCACCUUAACGUCAGAGAACAAUUACAUUUUGGAAAAUAUGACAAAGUUCGAGACUCUAAAUUUUUCAGCAUGUAAGAAAGUUCAGAACCUCCCUCGGGAUAUCACAAAGCAGUUGUCGUUGAGAUAUCUGCAUGCGCAAGACACCGGGUUAAGGGAAUUGCCAAGUAACAUUGGCGAACUGAGCAAAUUGGAAGUGCUGGAAAUAGGGAGUUAUCAAUUAAAAACUUUACCUGAGUCUAUGGGUGAUUUGUCUUCUUUGACUAGUCUUACCAUUUCUUGUUAUCAAUUAAAAACUUUACCUGAGUCUAUGGGUGAUUUGUCUUCUUUGACUAGUCUUACCAUUUCUUGUGAUCAAUUAAAAACUUUACCUGAGUCUAUGGGUGAUUUGUCUUCUUUGACUAGUCUUACCAUUUCUCAUUGUAGUCAAUUAAAAACUUUACCUGAGUCUAUGGGUGAUUUGUCUUCUUUGACUAGUCUUACCAUUUCUUGUAAAGAAUUAAAAACUUUACCUGAGUCUAUGGGUGAUUUGUCUUCUUUGACUAGUCUUACCAUUUCUUAUUGUAGUCAAUUAAAAACUUUAGCUGAGUCUAUGGCUUCACAUUAA